AGCCAGGAAAUCUCGCGGAAUCGAACCGAACCGGCCUCCGGCCUCCAGCCUCCAGCGACCUGCAGGCUCGAGCGACCUGCAGCUCCUCGCCGCCGCCGCCGGCCCAGCCUGCGAGUUCUUGCCUUUCCUCACCAAUUUGGUCGCUUCCCAAUUCUUGGAAGAGGCCCAUAAGUGAAGCCUGAAGUUGCCACUGUGUAUGUUCAAUCUCCAUUGCGGAACCUGAAGAAGCGGGUUGAGCAAACAAGAACUGCUUUCGAGGUUCUUGCUUUUCCUUACCAAUUCGAUUGCCUGCCAUUUCCCGCAAGAAGACUCGAAGCCUUCAGGGUCCAAGGCUAUGGAUGCAGAUGAAACACUGCCAGCUUCGGGAGAUGCUAACAACUCAGAGCAGCAGCCUCACGAUACUGACAAAAAAUCUCGUGUGGAGGAUAUGUGGAAGAAAAUGAACAGUGGUUUGCCUGCGAAGAUGCCCAAACCUGCAAUGGUUAAGCUCAAAACGGCAGCAAAAGAAAAGAAAACCAAGGCGACAAAUAAUAAUUGGAUGACCAUUCUGGGCCUUCCACCAAAAAAGGUUUCUGCAAAUGAUCAAGUCCCAAAAAAUGAGCAACAACAGACACAACAGAAAACAAGCGAGGAUACCAAAAAACUUGCGGCAAAUGCUCUUGCAGCUGUUAAAGAUGCCGCCACUGCUGCAUCUGGAAGAGGGAAAGUGGAGAUAACCGAGGUACGGGACUUUGCUGGCAAGGAUAUUGAAAUCAAGAAACUCGUAGAUGCGGAUUCAAAGGAAGCGGUUGAGAAGGCCAGUGCAGUGGGUGCUGCACCGUCUGCUGUGGACAAUAUCCUGGAGCAGAUAAGGAAGAAGCAGAAGCUGAGUGUCCUGGACAAGACGAAGAAAGACUGGGGAGAGUAUAAGGUAGAGAAGGGCGUGGAGGAGGAGCUGGGGGCAUACAAGAAGAGCUCGAACCAGUACCUUGAUCGGCAGUCGUUCUUGAAGAGAGCCGAUUACAGAGAGUAUGAGCUCGAGAGAGACGCCCGGUUGUCAUUGAUGGCGAAGCGGAAGAGCGAGAGUAUGCAGGACGAUGAUGCCUAAGGGCUUUGAUGAAAAUUGCUAUCAUGCUGGCAGCACUUUUACCUUCUGUUGGAGUACUUGGUAGAGAUUCUUUUGAGAUAAUGGUAAAGACAUUAUUUCGUCGAUGCCUUGUCCUCUUAAUAUUAUAUACAAUCAGCUGGUCAAUGUGA